AUGGUACAAUUAGAAAUUAGUUGUUUGAUUGUGGUGCAUAAUUACUUUUUAACAUUCAAAAAUAUUCUAUUCUUCAUUCCUUUUAAUGUUUCUUUUUUAGGAUGCAUUUUCUUCCUCAGUCAUUUUGUGACCUCACGACAUAUUUUUAAGCCAUGUCCGACAAAGAGUUCCAGGGUUGAUUCGACUAUCAAAGCAGCAUCAAUCAAAAAUGAAGAUUUCAUCCAACAUUUACUGUCCAGACUUAAUUUGUUUCGCAACACCACAGAAAAACUGAGGGAAAAAUAUAUACCUCCUCAAGGAAGAAGAAUAACCAGUAACAGAACAAUUGAUGUUUUAAGGUUACAAAAAAUCAUGGAACUGGAUGUCACGUCUCCCUUUUCUUUGGACCAAAUACAGUUAACAAAUUGUAGCCUUCUGGAUAUCUACAGGAAUCUGACAUUGAUCGCGUCUUUCUUCGACUUGAUGGAAAAAGACGAAGACAAAUACAGCCAUGGUGAGCUUUCCAGCUUUAUAGGAGAGGCAAGUCGGGCGUUAUAUCACUUGUGCUUUGAUCUGCACACUAUACUACGCAACGGCCAUUGCCUAAGCGAGGCAGAAUGCAUCGAAAUAGAAAACAUAGACAGAUUUCGUACACCUAACAACCAGUACCGAUUUUAUCGAGAUUUCGUGAUUCUCAACGAAUCCACAAAAUACGCAGAUCAUAUCCGAAGUCAGUCAAACGCACCCUCUAUGGUCUAAUGUGUUUUCCGUGCUGUUAAUUGUUAUGAACAGUAGUGUGACAGCAAAAGAUAUGUACCUCAAUGUUAUAUUUUAGGCAUUAUUUUGUAGUUUAUUUCAUGCUAUUUUUUAUAAGCAAAUUACCACGCAUUAAAACGCCUUCUUGCUUAUUUAUCAUAUUUACCUCAAACUAUGUUGUGAUUUAAAUUAGUCUAUUUAAGUACAUCAUUAAAAACUUAUAUGAACAACAAAUUAGUUUUGCGCAUAAAUAUUGUACGUUUAUUAUAUAAAUACUGAUAAUUUAGCUUUAUAUUGAUAUAUGUCCUUAUAUACAUGAUAUACGUUCCUUCCCGCUUGUUAUAGUUGUGUUGAUUUAGCUCAUGUCAAAGCUUACCCGUAUCUAUUCAUUGUCAAUUGUUUCUGUGUCAUACAAAU